UCAUCGCCUCUUCUAUUUGCGCUCACAUGGUCAAUGAUUAUCUGCAAUGUCCAUAUCUGUAAUAUUUAAUAACCCAGGAUAUAUAUAUAUGGACGAAAUGUGAUUUUCCCAACCACCAAACGGCACUGUUUUGCAAUUAAAGUAAAUGCUAUCGUUUUGUAUAUAGAGAAAUUAAGAUAUCGAAACGAUUAUUCACCGUUUCAGCGAAGAUGACUUGGGGACAUAUCCACCUUAAUGUGGAAAAAAAAAAGAAACAAAUGAUCUAGGGGGAGGUUUAUUUGAUUUGUGGGACUUACAGUGUGACAUGACUGUACUCGCUGCGCAUGCGAGACACGAGCUCUCUCAGAAGAAGCAGAAAAGUUGCAUCCUGUGUGCACUGGUUACUGGAGGGAAAACUGACACUGCCUAUUUGCGAGCGUUGUUUCUGUUCCAUCCAGAGAAGCCAGUGGCUGCAUGCAGAGAAAAUUAUCCCCAGGCCAGUGACUGCACCGGGCAGCCCAGGAUUACAAAACAAACCCAACCAGCUCUCUCGACGACAGUUUCAGAGAUAACGAGAAUAACGCAGAAGCUAACAGCUAAUCUGAAAUGGCGACGGCAAUAUACUUGGAACAUUAUCUUGACAGUAUUGAAAACCUACCAUGUGAGCUACAGAGGAACUUCACGUUGAUGCGGGACCUGGACAAUCGAACUGAAGAGAAGAAAGGAGAGAUUGACAAACUGGCUGAAGAGUACAUAGCAAAUGUGAAGAACUUGGCUUCGGAGCAGAGAGUGGAACACCUGCAGAAGAUUCAGAAUGCCUACAGCAAGUGCAAAGAGUUCAGUGACGACAAAGUCCAGCUUGCAAUGCAGACGUACGAAAUGGUGGACAAGCAUAUCCGCAGACUGGAUGCAGAUCUGGCACGGUUUGAGAAUGAGCUCAAGGAGAAACUGGAAGUGAGCGGCUAUGAAAGUGCGGAAGGAAGAGCGUUGAAAAAGGGUGAGUUGCGGGGGCUGAGAGAGAAGCGAGGAUCCAGGGGAAGGGGAAGGAAGGGUUCUGAUGAAGAGUCUCCAAGAAAGAAAAAGAUCAAAAACAGCCCAGACUUGAGCGACGCUCUCCUGCCCAUGCAGCCAUCAGAUGUUUUGGAUAUGCCAGUUGAUCCGAAUGAGCCUACGUACUGCCUGUGUCAUCAGGUGUCAUACGGAGAGAUGAUUGGAUGCGAUAAUCCAGAUUGCCCCAUUGAGUGGUUUCACUUUGCUUGUGUCGAUCUAGCCACAAAGCCCAAAGGAAAAUGGUUUUGCCCAAGAUGCACCCAAGACAGGAAGAAAAAAUGAGAUUUCUUAUUUUCAGAAACACUUAUCAAAUGUACCCAUUUUUGGUGUAGUUUAAUAGUGUAAUAUAUACAUAUAUAUAUAUAUAUCAGUUCUUACAGGUCUCCUUAGCCAUGGGGGGCAUACAGCUUUCUUUAAAGGCCUAAUUCAGUUUUCGGAGUUCAGAUCUGUGAUGAGAUUCCAUCUAAGACUCGCUUAGAAAACCUCGAGAAAGUAGACUAGACUCCAAAACUGCCACAGCAGGUAGUGGUCAGGCUGAGGAGCUUCCAAUCUGAAACAACCCAGUUGCUUUAAUUGGGUCCCGAAACAAGUGGGCAAAACUUAGGCUUCCUGUCUGAACCUGGGUUAUUGCGCCUCUACUGGAUUUAUAUGGACUGGGCUGUAGAGUCCCAGAAUUAUUACCAAUCACUCCGUCCAGAGAGUAAUACGCUGUGUAUAUUGUCAUUACUAAGAAACUCAGAAAUCCAGGAUUGUGGCUUUAGUGUACUUGAAAUGUCAGUUUUAUAGAGAACUAUUUUUAAAUAACUGAACAGCCUGCUGAGAAUUCACAAUUUAAACACCUAAAUCCUUACUGAAACGGUGAUUUUUUUUUUUCUUUUUGAUUUUUUUUAAAAAAGGAAUUAUGUGUCUGAUUGUCUGUUACUACCUCUGUAGGGAAUACAUCAGCACUGUAUAAAUGACUGCAAUUGAUACUUGUGUAAAAAAAACAUGUUUUGAUUAGCUUAAACCAAACUAGCCAAGCAAUGUAAAAUCAUAAUCUAUUGAGCUUCAACAAAAACCUAUGACACAUUUGAAUGUAUUGUGGUACUAAUGGUCAGUCAGUCAGUCAGUGUCUCUUGUUAGCUGAAUGAGGUAUUUAAGCACUUUGAAUGAAGUUUUCCCCAGAAGAGGUUUGAUAACUGCAGGCUUGGUUUUAUGACAUACUUUAUCUGAUUUAAAACUUUGCCAUAGUUCAUUACUUCAAACCAUAUAUGGAAAGAUAUAUAUUUUGUAUAAUGUAAAACAAUAUUUUGUGGACACGUUUUUCCAAAGAUAUAUUUGUUGUAUUGCUUACUUACUGGUGUACACGCUGAUUUUAUUUAAUAUGAAUUUAACAUUUUCUCUCAUAUUCAACUGUGAAUAUCACUCGUUUAGGUGUAAGCCACAAAUAAAAGAACCAAAGUCUGUAUUUUGUAAAAUUCUGUAUUUUAUAACAAAUAAAUAUUCAAUAUUA